UAAUAAUCUGGGCUGGGUGGGACAAAAGAUGGUGGGUGUAUUUUCCAGAUUUUCUGCCAUUAAUAAAGCAGCUGCCCAUAGAAGAAGCACAAGUGCCAUUGUAAGCAUUAGUACUUUUUUCUUGGAUCCCAUUAUUUCUCUUAAGUCCAAGUUUUGCUUCAUGUUGUGAAAACAAUACAUAUUUGAAUGCUGCAGGAAGAAAAGACUGCAUUGCCCCCAAGCCUGCCAGAGGCGGCGGCGGCAGGAGCUGACGUGGCUGCCACCACCCGCGACAUGGAUGAGUUCAAGCCGGUUCAGCAUCCCAAUGAGCCUCUCGACGACGACCACCCGGUUCAGUGCCCUUUCCCAGAACCAUCAUCAUCAGCCUUCAAUGGAAAAAAUAUUGUUACUGGAUCACAGGAUGGAAGAAAAUGGAAGGAGAAAGAGGAAGCCGUCGUGGAGCCAGAGACGAGUGCAACGAAACCAAAACCACGGAUUCUGCCGUCUAUAAGUGCAGCAGAACAGAAUGUCCUAAGUUUGCUUGAUGAAUCUGUUCCAGUUCUUGAGCUUUGAGAAUUCAACCAACUUUUGUUUUCUAUAUUGUUUUUUUAAAAAAAGUGUAUAGUUUAGUUUUAAAGUUUUAAAAUAAGGUUGGUCCAACCCC